UAUAAUCUCUUGUCCAAGAUUCAAACCCGCUUGUGAGCUCUCUCCCCAGUAGAGCUCCCACCACAGGCAAAACCGCUGCCAGUACAAAUAUUUCAAUGGAGUUCUAAAGCUGUUGCGCGGAGCAAUGGCUAAUGAUUUGAUCCCACGUUUCUACGCGCGUACACUCCUAUUCUUCAUGGAGAUAGAGAGAGAGAUAGGGAAGGAGUCGAGGACUGCCGGCGGCGGCGGCAGCGGCGGCGGAGGGGGAAGGGGGAAGCGUGAAUUGACUAAAGAAUCCCUAAUUGCCUACUCGAUUAGAUUGGUAAGGACGAUUCCUUUUAACUAUACGAGAAACAGAAAACUAUAAGAACAUGUGGAGGUUUUUCUCCUGAAAAAAGUGAACAGUUAGAUCUCGGUGGAAAAUUAGGGCUUAUGUAACUUACCCAAUUGAUUGGGACACAAGGCUCGAUUUGGUUUGGUAGAACUGAAAGUGGAUAGAGGAUUGGGAUUUGGGUGGAUUGAGAUAAACUUGAAAGCCUAGUUCCAAAAAAAAAAUAAAGAAAAAGAGAGAACUUUGAAAAACCCAGUUUUAAUUUAAUUUUAGAAAUCGUACCAAUGAAAACAUCAGUAGGGGCAAAAAAUAAGAAGACAAAAAUAAACUAGCCCUUAAAAUUCUAAUCUGUUUAGAAUCCUACUCUCUUCGGUUUUCCUUGUCCCACGCUGGCAGGAAGUAGCUCUACUCCAUUAACAUUCCAUUCUCUGUCUUAUUUAUUCGAUAUAUACUGUUCAGUUUUCCUUCUCAAUCUCUAGUAGAAAUUUACUUGACGAAUACCCAGCACACUCCAUUGCCUGUCUAUUGUCUUUGAUUUCUAAGGCAACAACCUCUCUCAUACUCCUAGGAUGACAACAGAUGCUAUUUGGGGGAUAAUUUUGCUUUCCAUAUUGGUGAUAAGUUUUCUCUCAACUUGCAUCUGCAUUGGGAGGUAUUCCAGGGAGAAAGAAACUGAACUCGUCGAGAAGAGCAAAAACAACAAAAGUAACAUCAGAAGAGGCAGUGAUGUGGUCAUUUGGAUGGGAGAUGGUGGUGCUUUAUCUUCCACAGCUACCACAACAGCUGUAACCGGCAGCGCUAGUGGCGGGCAUCAUCACCACCACCACCACCACCACCACAAUGGCGGUGGAGCUGUAGUCGGCAGCGCUAGUGGUGGGCAUCAUGGUGCACACCACCAUGGCGCAGGAUGCGGCGGUGGUGGAGGAUGCGGCGGUGGUGGUGGUGGUGGAGGAGGAUGCGGUGGCGGAGGGUGCGGGGGUGGCUCUUGAGGUUAAGCCAAGUUAUGCUUCCCCCUAAAUUGGUGGCACAGUUAUAUGUUCUCUUUAGUUGAUGUGUACAACCUUCCUUUCCGGAAUUCUCAUCUCCUUGAAUAGAGUUUAGUUUGGAUUUAGGUAUGCUCCUAAUGCCGUGUUCUUGUGUACAUAUAUUUUUUCAUGCUUGGUGUGUUCUUCUAUAACAUGGAAAAUGUCCGUGCCGUUGAUAUAUUCGCCGAAUUUCGUUUACAUACUUUCGUAAAUUAAAGACUUGUUACAUUCUUGUGGCA